AUGCUCCAGGCAAUUGAUAUUGCUCGGCUGAAAGAUGAUCAACUGCGCGCCACGCGCAAGGCAAUGGCAUACAAAGGGCUAGCCAUGGCCGGAUCCAGUUCUGGGACACCCAAGCCCAAGCCACCGCUUGCGCCACAACCCGCAGCCAGCAAACACAUACCACCAGGCGUCAAGCGCCUAUCAUGGGACGAGAUGCAGAAGAGGCAUGAGCAAGGCCUCUGUUUCAACUGCAACGAAAAAUUCACCCCGGGCCACAAGUGCAAAGUGGCCCAAUCAUUUCUGAUCGAAGUUAAAGAGCCACCAGAGGAGGAGGAAUAUGAAGAGUCAGACCCACAUGUGCCUUUUGACAUCCCUGCUGCCAACAGUGGGGUGGAGGCUGAGGAUCUGCCAAAGGUGUCCCUUCAUGCGCUGGCAGGAUCCGCUGGGCCACAAACCAUGCAGGUGACAGCGAUGCUCAAGGGCAAAGUUGCUAGCCUGCUGAUCAACAACGGCUCAACCCACAACUUCAUCAGCACCAAAGUAGCCCACAAGCUACAGAUUCCGACUACCAUCAUUGAGCCAUUCGAGGUGCGAGUCGCUAGCGGGGAGCGCCUGGCAGGCACACAGCAAUGCAAGGCAGUAAGUCUUAAAAUCCAGCACAUCUAUGUUUCUGUUGAUUUAUAUGUCAUACCCUUAGCUGGAGUAGACAUAGUGCUGGGUGUACAGUGGUUGGCCCAACUGGGCAAAGUUGUCUUUGAUUACAAGCAGAUGGCCAUGGAAUUCACUUUAGGGGGCCGACAGGUUCGCCUAUCCAUGCAGCAGGGCACUACUAGGGCAGUAGAGGUGUACGUGGUGCAGAAACUGGUUAGGGCUGGCAGUGAGUGCUAUGCCAUACAGAUAGCAUCACAGCCACGCGCAUCCGAAAAUUUCCAAUCCACUGAUGUACCGCAGCUACCCACAGAUGUUCAGGUGGUCUUGGCCAAAUUCCCCACAGUGGUGCAGGAGCCCACAAACCUGCCACCCAGCCGGCCUUUUGACCACUGCAUCCCACUAUUGGAUGAGCAACCCAUCAACGUUGCUCCCUACCGUUAUGCCUACCAUCAGAAAGAAGAAAUUGAGAAGCAAGUCAAGGAGAUGCUUCAGAAAAAUCUGAUACGGCCUAGUACCAGUCCUUUCUCAUCACCAGUUUUGCUAGUCGAGAAGAAGGAUGGGAUGUGGCACUUCUGUACAGAUUACCGAGCACUCAACAAGGCCACAGUUAAGGACGGAUUUCCUAUUCCAGCCAUUGAUGACAUGCUAGAUGAGCUAGCAGGAUCCACCAUUUUCACCAAGUUAGACUUGCGGACAGGCUAUCAUCAAAUCAGGAUACACCCAGGAGACAUACAUAAGACGGCAUUUCGCACGCAUCAUGGGCAUUAUGAGUACAUGACUAGGGACCAGCACUUGGAGCAAGUCUUGAGCAUACUGGCCCGAGAAAGUUUCUGCAUCAAGCUGUCCAAGUGUGCUUUUGGGCAGACCGAGUUGGAGUACUUGGGGCACAGGAUCUGCCCUGAAGGCGUCAAGCACUAUGGGGCCAUUGCUAGGCCAUUGACGCAGCUAUUGAAGAAAGAUAAGUUCCAGUGGACAAACGAUGCUGACCACGCCUUUGCCACAUUGAAGCAAGCCAUGACAUGCACUCCCGUCUUGGCUAUGCCCGAUUUUGCACAGCAGAUCGAGGUUCACACUGAUACCAGCAACAUUGGCAUUGGCGCAGUAUUAGUGCAGCAAGGUCGACCAGUGGCCUUCCUCAGCAAAGCACUUAGCCCAGCCAAAGCCACAUGGUCUGCAUACGCCAAGGAAAUGUUGGCAAUUAUAGAGGCAGUGAGGCGCAUAGUGACCCCAGACCAGCAAAAGUGGGUGGCCAAGCUGAUGGGGUACGACUAUGAAAUUGUUUACCGACCAGGGGCACAAAACAAGGUUGCUGAUGCCUUGUCCCGACGAGAUGACAGCCCUCAGCUACUGCCUAUCACAGGGCCAAAUUGGGCAAUUUGGCAGCAUAUUAGAGAUGCCUUAGUCACUGACCAGUGCAGUCAGGAUUUGAUUGAGGCCAGCAAGGACAGCGAGACUGUCAGCGACUAUGAGUACUGCAAUGGGCUACUAUUAUACUGA